CAAAGGGGAGCGGCAGGAAAGGAGGGGACAGACUCCUUAGCGGGGUCUGUGGCGACAGAACAAGGGGAAAUGGUUUCGAGCUUCACGAGGGGGCAUUUAUUUGGACAUGAGGAAAAAGUCUUUGACAGUGAGGGUGGUGAGGCGCUGGCACAGGUUGCACGGAGAUGUGGUGGAUGCCCCGUCCCUGGAGACUUCCAAGGCGAGGCUGGAGUGGGCCCUGGGCAACCUGAGGGAGCUGUGGUGUCCCUGUGCGCUGCAGGGGACAUGGGCUGGAUGGCCCUCGCAGGUCCCCUCCAACUCCAAGGCUUCUCUGGUUCUGUGGUUCUAUGGAAUAGGGCGCUCCCUGCUCAGCAGGGUCGCGGGAGCGAUGGAGUCACUGCCACGACACAGAGGAACAGCGCCCGGUAAUUGACGGAGCUUGCUAACGAGCCAUCAGCCACUUGCAGGCAAAACCGGGCAGCUUUCUAACCACAAGGCAUAGCCCUUAUGGGUAAAGAGCACUUUGGAACAGUUGUUAUCUCCUCAACUAAUUAAAGUCAGGCAACAGCUACUAAAGAAAAAUGAGUAAUGUAAUACUGAGAGGAAAGAAAAGGAGAGAGAGGAAUCAGAGGUGUCAGCACUCGCACUGGGGGCGGGCAGCAGGCUGCUGUGCCAGCGUCAUAAUGGGCCAGGGCCAGCACCGCCCACGCUGUCACCGCGUCGCCGUGGUGAUGUCUGUGACACGGCCACCCGGGAGGGGUAUGAAGGCGCUGCACGGCGCUGGGUCCUGCAUUCUGAAGGAGCAUCUGGCAGAGAGCAGGUGCGUCUGGAAGAGAUGAGCUCCGGCAUGGCUGACGCCAACAAGGAGCGACCCGCUGGCACGAGGCGGAACAGGAUGAGCUUCUGCGUGGACGGCCCCGCAGCGCGGCGUGCCUCUGGACCAGCAGACAGCGGCACCAAAGAGCGAGUUGCCAUCUGGGACGCGGUGUCUGCCUACAUACAAGAGCAUCUCCUGGUGCACAAGGGAGUCUGGAUUCCCACUUUUGGCUCGUUUGACACCAUCUCCACAGACAUCAGGACUGCAAAUGGGACCGUGACUCUGCAGUGGCCCGUGUUUCACCUGGCCAGGAACCUCAGAGCCAUGUGCCACCUCAAGUCCUACAAGGAAUCGCUGCCAGCCCAUAAGGAGGUGGAGCCCCUGAAAUACAGCGAGGUGGCCGCAGCUGCCUCUGUCAGCUGGCAGAGAGGGAAGGCCUGCAUCCAAAGCACCGUGUACCUCCUGUCCAGCUGCCUACAGAAUGGGGAAAACGUUGCCUUUGUCCUGAAGGACAUAGGGGUACUCCUCAUCAGUGGAAUGAGCUUUCAGAUGAAAUAUUACUAUGACUUCCUUGAGAAGGUCUCUGGGAAAGAGAAACUCAGAAAAGUCAUUCUCAAGGUGAGCUGUAGGUUUCUCCAUGGCCUGGGCAGUCCCAUGACCCUUGCUCUGCCCUCACAUGGCCCACCAGGACCUGGCCAGCUGCUCGGGCCGUGCAAGUGCUGUAGUGCUGUCAGCCCUCCCUGCCUUGGGCCCCUCUGGUCCCAAGUGCCUCAGCCGUGACAAGGACCUCCCACAACCUCCCUGUUCCUCCCCUGCAGGCCCCCUCGCUGCAGGACAUGGUGGUGUCCCGGGUGGCACCGCUGGCCUCCCUGGCGCACUCUGGCCAGGUCAUCGUCUUUCCCAAGUGAGUACGUCUGUGGCUGUAGCUGCUGCUCGAUGCAGCUGCUCUGCUCUCAUCCUGUAGUGCUUGUUCCUUGUGCCCGUGGGUGUCCUGCCCACAAGGAGAUUUCAUAGAAUCGCAGAACCAUAGAAUUACUUGAGUUGGAAGGAACCCCGAAAGAGCACCUAGUCCCACUCCCCUACAAGGGACAGGGACACCUACCACCAGAUGAGGUUGCUCUGAGCCUGCUCCAGCCUGACCUCAAACGACUG